CGCGGCCGGAGCGGUGUCUGCGCGGUGCGCGCCUCCUGACCCGGCUGCUCCCUGGUCCCUCCCUCUCCGAGUGCUGUUCCAGGUUUCGCCGGCGCGAUGGCCGCCCGCCCCCUCUGCGGCUGGAUGCUGGUCGCUCUGCUGCUGGUGACCAGCUGGGAUGGUGGCUCCGUCCGAUCCGCGGACGCCACAGUACUAGCCGUGAAGCGGCUGGUGCUGAAGAAGCUGGUGUCGGGCUCCACCGCCGGCGCCGGCGCCGGGACGGGGGCCGUGCUCGUCGACAAGCACACGGGCGCGCCGCUCCUAUCGGUCGCCGUGGCCACGCCGGUGCUACAGCGACGGCCGGCGCCGGUGGCAGUCAGCCGGGCCCCGUCUGUUCCAGUCAGCCGGCCCCGGGUCCCGCCGUCGGCCAUUGCCAGCUGGGUCAGCAGGCUCACCGUGCUGGCCGCCGGAUCUAAGCCCUCUCGGAGGCCGGCGGGCGCAUCCCGGCUCAGCUCCCUGGCUGCCAGCCUCGCCUCCGGCGUUCUGGGCCCCAAGCCGUCCCGGCCGCCGGCGGGCUCGGCUAGGCCGAUAGCCACAGUCAUACUGGGCCCGAAGCCGUCUCGGCGGCCGGCCGGUGUGUCUCGGUUGAGCUCGCUGGCGGCCGGCCUCGUCACGGACAUCCUGGGGCAGAAGCCGGCGCCGCUGGGCCACUCCGUGACCGUGGUGACCGUCACCCAUGAAAAGGCCUUCCUCGCCUCCUUCGGGCUGUUGGACGAUGAGCUGGACGGGCCGACCGGGGAGGACCACUACCACUCUCCAGCCGAGCCCGCUCCAGCCGUGCCCGCUCCGGCGCAGGAGCUCAGUCCUGAGCACCAGCAGCUGUUUGAGUCGCUGGACGAGGCUCUAUACUCUGCCGACCUACCGGUGGAGAGACGCCGGCGCUCGGCCGAGCCCGCCACCAGCGCCUACCACGCCUACCGGCGGCCGCAGAUCAUCAAUCUGCGCCGCCGGGUGGGUGUGGGUGCCAGGCCGGCCCCGGUGAGCCAGCCCCGACGGUACCCGGCGCCACCCCGCGCCGCCGUCCGAGAGAUGACGCGGGCGGGAUUCGGCUCGGCGGCGGCCGCCGGGCGAGCGCUGCCGACUGUCGGACCGCCCACCGAGGCGCCGGGCACAGAGCCUCCCAGCGGCGCUAAAACAGCGGCGACCGCCGGGGCGACCAACCGCACCGGCAACAUUGCGGUGGGCUCUAGCGCUGUGCGAACGGAGGCGCCAUCCACCAGCCCGACCACCUCUGCUCCACCAACCACCGAGCCGCCUACUUCCUCUCCGCCUCCAGCUACCACUGCUUCGCCUUCUCCGUCUCCGCCCACCACUGCUCCAUCCACUACUGCUCCGAAAACCUCUGCUCCGGCCACCACCUCUUCUCCGCCUUCUCCCCGAACGUCACCGACUAAACACACUACUCUUCCUCCAUCAACUGCUCCAUCUCAGUCUCCUACCCGGUCAACUUCCCCAGGCUCUCGGCCUGCCCAGCCGGCUCACAGGGAACAGAGCUGGACUCCGGUGACGGCUCCGCGGCCACAGCCGAGUCUGCCCAGGCCGGCGGCUGGCUCUGCGGUCCACCGGAGACCCCAGCCGCCGCCCAGCCUCCCUCUGAGUGGGCCUGUGCGGCCGCCGCAGUCCGCGCCGCCGGCCACUCGCAGACGGGGGCUGCUGGAGCCGGCCUCUGGAGCGGCUGGGCGGGUCUCAGAACGGACCACAUCCUACCCUAGCCGUCCUCAGGGGGCACAGCAACGGCCGCGGGGGUCUCCGCAACAGCCAGCUCCUCAACGGUCGCAGAUGGUUCCGCAGCGGCGGCCACCAGUGGUACCGCAGGGGGUUCCGCAGAGGCCACCGCAGGUUCCGCAGCGACGGCCGACCGUGGGUGCCCCGCAGGGGGCUCCCCGGCGCCCGCCCUACCUGCCGCAGGGAGCGGGCUGGCGGCGGGGUCCUCCACAGAGGAGGCCGACGCCCACCGCCCAGGAGCGCGUUGGCGGCGUCCAGGGACGUCCUCCCCUGCAGCGGCAGCCGGCGCCCACCGCGGUGAGGCGUCAGCACGCAGACCGGAGGCCGUCCAGCUGGUGGUGGUAACCGGGCGGUAACGGCCGGGAGCCGCCAGCGCGAUCACUGUAAAUAACUGUGUAUAUUUCCAUCUGUGUGCAACUGUAUUUAUGUGCGUAUCUGUGUGCCGUAAUGUA